UUCCUCUUCCCAAUCAAAAACCUUUGCCACCACACUCGUACGUUCCACGCGCUUCAACACUCGCGACCAAUCCUCCUCUUCUCCGAUCAUCAUCUAAUCGGUUUCCUUCUCCGAUCGCCGUGGGAACGAUUCCCAACUCUCUUAGGGUUUUUGGGUGAAAUUGAUUCCUUUUGUCCUCUCGUUCCAAAAGCGGAAAGAUCGUUGUAUAACUACGAAUAUGGUUGAGAGUAGUAGUAGUAACAAGAGAAGGAAGAUAACCAUUAGCGAAGGCGACAUCGCCUCGCUUUUGCAGAGAUAUGAUGCGAAGACGAUACUGAGGCUGUUACAAGAGAUGGCCUUUUAUUCCGAUGUCGAGAAGAUGGAUUGGAAUGAGAUGGUGAGGAAGACCACCACUGGGAUUACUAAUGCUAGGGAGUAUCAGAUGCUGUGGAGACACCUUUCGUAUCGUGAUCCUCUUCUCCAUGUGGUUGAAGAUGAUGCUCACCCUCUGGACGAUGAUAGUGAUAUGGAGUGUGAGUUGGAAGCUUCUCCAGAAGUCAGCGUUGAAGCAUCAGUGGAGGCUGUUGCACAUGUCAAAGUGAUUGCUGCUUCGUAUGUGCCAAGGAAUUCUGAUAUACUGGACGAAGCAACAUCUGAGGCUCCCUUGACAAUAAACAUACCGUAUGCUCUCCCUGAGGGAACUCAGGAACCAUCAGAGUCUCCUUGGUUGUCAAGAGGGAUGAAUAUCACCUUUCCUGUUUGUCUUCAGAAAGUUACGUCUACCGAGGGGAUAAUAAAUGGAAAUGUUUCAGCUAGUAGUAGUAGCAUGCCUUCACAACGGAAGACAAGGCAGAAAUGGUCUGCCGAGGAGGAUGCCGACCUGAUUGCAGCUGUGAAGCAGUUUGGUGAAGGCAACUGGGCUCAUAUUGCUAGAGGAGAGUUUAGAGGAAGGAGGACCGCCUCCCAACUCUCUCAGAGGUGGCCGCAUCUAAGAAGAAGGUAUGAUCCUUCGACCUCUGCUAGCCAAUCGCAGAUAGCAGUAAACCAUGCGUUAUCUUUAGCUCUGGGAAAUCGACCCCCGUCAAAAAAAGUUGCAGUAGGAACUCAAGGCAGUGGAGGCCGUUCUUCUCAAGGUCAACAACAGUCCAAACCAGGUUUUGUUCAAACAUUGUCUCGGGCAGAAACAUCAGGUCCAGCUUCAAAAUCUCAAGUUGGUGUUAAUAAAACAACGGCAAGGUCCACUUCCAGAUCGGAUUUAAUGGUAACAGCUAAUUCAGCAGCUGCUGCAGCAUGCAUGGGUGUCGUAUUGACUGCCCCAUCAGCACCAAAGGUCGAAGUAUGUGUGCCUCGUCCCUCAGGUAGCCUCGUUAUGCCAAAGGUUGAGCCAGGAAAGACUGUUGCCGCUUCUAGUAUUACUAAAGCGGUUGGACCUGCGAGUACCCGGCCUCUAGCUAAUGGAAACUUGAAACCUGUGACGCCUUCACCAUCUUCUAUCAAACCUCCUCCUCCUCUCGUGGGUUCUCGUUCGGAAGGAUUUACAAUGUUUUCUGCUUCUACGCAGUUGGCUACUGCAUCGAAGAUCGUCUCCAAUCAGAGAGUUGUUUCAGCCUCUGUACCAGCAACUGUAUUACCUCUAAAGCCAACUGCAGAGACUGUCAUUUGCAAACCAGAUGGUGGACACAAAGAGCAAGCUAGAGGAGAUGGAGCAAGCUCAGUGGUUGCCAUCCAGUCAAAUAAGAUGACCUCAACAAACUCGGAGAUUAGCAGGGGAAAGCAGGCUGCUACACACACUCAGACUGCAGUUCUCGGUGCUGCUAAUCAAAGUUUGGUGGAUAAAACUGCAGUGCCAUCCAACAGUGGAGCUGGUUCUGAAUCUAAAUCAAAAUGUGAAGUAAACAACAAGGUCGGUGGUUCGGUAGUCACAGUGAGUAAAGCAUGCGGAAAGCCCGCAGAGGUUGCUGCAACUGUGAGAGGAACCGGACAGGGUGUUUAGUUCUUUGACAGAAACAUCUUAUGCUUUUAUUUUUGAAUUUUUAGUUUUUAUUAGGAGACUUGAAAGAAAGAUUUUAUGUAAAGUAGGCCUUCCCCAGUACAUGGUACUAAUUAAUAAUACAAAUCUCAUA